GUACAAAUCUCCACCACCGCCUGUCUACAAGUACAAGUCUCCACCACCACCCGUCUACAAGUACAAGUCUCCCCCACCACCCGUCUACAAGUACAAGUCUCCCCCACCACCCGUCUACAAGUACAAGUCUCCCCCACCACCCGUCUACAAGUACAAGUCUCCCCCACCACCCGUCUACUCUACAAGUACAAGUCUCCACCACCACCCGUCUACAAGUACAAGUCUCCACCACCACCCGUCUACAAGUACAAGUCUCCACCACCACCCGUCUACAAGUACAAGUCUCCACCACCACCCGUCUACAAGUACAAGUCUCCACCACCUCCAGUCUAUAAGUACAAGUCUCCACCACCACCCGUUUACAAAUACAAGUCUCCACCACCUCCAGUCUACAAGUACAAAUCUCCACCGCCACCUGUCUACAAGUACAAGUCUCCACCACCUCCAGUCUACAAGUACAAGUCUCCGCCACCUCCAGUCUACAAGUACAAAUCUCCACCGCCACCUGUUUACAAGUACAAAUCUCCUCCACCACCUCCUCCAGUUUACAAGUACAAGUCACCACCACCACCCGUUUACAAAUACAAGUCACCACCACCACCCGUUUACAAAUACAAAUCACCCCCACCCCCAGUUCACAAGUCUCCAGCCCCUUACUAUUACACUUCUCCACCUCCUCCUAGCCACUACUAGUUUCACACUGUCGAACAAGGACCAGAGGAAUAAGAAGGAACACCUCCAUGGGAUCAGAAUAAAUUGAAGAGUUUUAAAGAAGUAGUAAUUAAAGCCACAAAGGGACAUUUAUCUUAUUUUGUUUUGUGUUUUGUGCCAUUGACUUCACGUAGUUGUAUAUUUCGUGAAGUUCUUGAAAUAUUUAUAUAUUGGAUGCAUGUAAUAUAUAUUUAUUUACGUACCAUAGUCGUACAUGUUUAUGUGCUUUUGAAUUUUGACUUCUUGCAUUGUAUAAGUCAAAGUACUUUGUAAUAAUAAGAUCAAUAAGUU